AGCCUGACCAACACCAUGCCCGAACUCAGCCAACUCACAGCAUGUAUUGAUCUGAUAUCGAUGACCAACAGCUCACAUCACUGGAUGGCAUUCUUCUACAUUACUAAUAACACUUUCCUGGGCAGAGAAGAUGUAGACCUGGGACUUGCAGGAGACCAUCAGCAGCUGAUACUGUACAACUUUGGCAAGACCUUUUAUGUCAGUUAUCACCUGAUUCCGUUUCAUUGGCAUACCCUGUGCUUGGUAUGGGAUGGUGUGAAGGGCAGAUUAGAGCUCUUUCGGAACAAAGAAAGAAUACUUGCCAUCAUGGAUCAGCCACACAACCUGUCUCCUAAUGGGACUUUGGUCUUGGGGCACUUUCCCAGGAAUGGAGAGGGUCAGAUUAAAACUGUGAUAACUCGUUUUACAAGCAGCCUGUAUUACUUUCAGCUCUGGGACCGCAUCCUGGAAAGUGAGGAGUUUAUGACAUGUUUAUAUGGAAAUGUAGUUAGUUGGGAAGAUGAUGUUUGGCUCAUCCACAAGAUAAGUCCAACUGUUGACAGGAGACUGCGCUGCUUUGUUUCUGAAAAUAUGACAAUUCAAGAAACAAGUACAAAUGUUUCACAGCAAAUAGACCUAACAACUUCUUCACAAACUACUGGGCUCAACCCACACAAGACUGCACAUUCAUCCACACGGUUGCCAGAAGGCAUGCCCGUUUCUACAAUCAAUCAUAUAGACAUAUCAUAUUCUAAUACAGUACCCUCACCUCUAGCAACAGUAAGCACAUCCAAAGAUUUAAAGACGUCUAUAACCAAAACAGCUACAUUUUCAACAGAUACCUUUUUUACUUCAACAGCCAUCCCUCUGCAUACCCAGAGGACAACUGUUCAUACUACUGACUCCAUGAACGUAACAGAACACUCAUAUCUAGGAAAAACAAGGACAUCAAAAAAGGUGGAGGCCAUGGCUACUGAGAUCUUUCGCUCAGCUACAGCUACUCAUUUAAUUGACACAUCUGUAUUUACCAAGAAUUAUACUGUAUCUGAAACUUCAACAACUAAAUACAAGACAGCUGUUGGGGAGACAACUUUAUUUUUGAAUGAAUCGGCAUCCAUAGCUACAACACCUUGUCCCAAGCACAAAUCCACAGAUAUGGCUAUAGUCCACACCUCUAAAUCUGGGCAAGAAUUUCUUAUAUCUUCAGCUGCCAGAAGUGUCUCUUGGUCCACAUUAGAAGAGACUUCACCUAUCACUACUGAGGUUGGAGUUGUAUCAACCUUCCCACCAGAGUCUUUGCUCACCUUCACAGCUUCUCAGGAAAUGAAUUCGACAUUUCCUGAAAUUCAAGUGGCAUCUACCUUGUCAAUAACUGAUGCGGAAACGCCAUUCACAGUCCCUUCAGUGUUGCCUAUGGAGACCAUACCUGCCAUAAGAACAGUGAAACCAGAGUCAGUCUCUACAAAUUUCCAAGAUGUCUUUUCACCCAACAUAGAGGAUGCUAUAUCUGCCUCUGUGUCUAAAGAAACCUCUUUCAUGGCCUUUUCUUCCAUUAGCUCCUCUUCAAUCACCAAAACUCAAGAUGACCAGAUAGUUAUUGAUACUGAGAGUACACAUCCAACCGUAAUUACCAGAACCAAACUUGUCCCUACAUCGGCUGAAGCUUCGCUCUUCACUACCAUGGAAGGGCUAGUAUACACUCAGGACACACCCCCAACUGAUGGGACUGUGCUUACUUUAAUUUCUACUAAAUCACCUUCUACAUAUAAUGCAUCUGAUUCAGCUCUCACAUCUAUAACAAUUAAAAGUGACUAUCAGUUCUUCACCAAUGAGACCACUUGGACUUGUAAGUCAGGUCAAACCCUGUUGACCUCUAUGAAUACAACCACCACACUCACAUUCACACCUAAUGAAACUCUCACAUUACCAUUCCAAGGUAAUACCAUUAAUAUAAAAUAUUCAUCCAUGACUAGUAACAUCAUACCAAUUGAAGCAGCCACAGAGAGCAAGGUGACUACCAGCUCUGAUGCUACUACAGCCAGUUAUACAACAGCUCUAUUCAAACCAACAUCCCAGUGGCUUAGUAAUUUCACAAGUAUUUCUGGAAUCACAUCUAUAGCAAACCAGCCUGAGUCUAAACUCACCACCUUACUAUUGAAAAGCAACUCGAUGCUGACAGUAGCUGCAAAUGAACUUUCCUCAAUACCAAGGGAGCCAGUUGUUCCAUCAGUGCAUACGUCUACCCUCACUGACAUUAAACCAACUUUUUCUACUGAGAAGAGCAUUUCUGAGACAAUACAAAUAGAAACAAAUGGUGUGGGUGCAUUUGGUGAUACUAUGGCCCCUCAGCCCAUGUCUGCAACAACACAGAGAGUCUAUACCACUGUGACAAGAGAAACCACUUCCCGGCAUCCUAAGGUAAAGUCAACUAUAGCAGCAGUAGCUGAGGCUUCUCCAUUUUCAACAAUGCUGGAAGUGACAGAUGAAUCAGCACAAAUGAUGACAGCUUCUGUCACUGGUUCCCCCUUUGCAGAUAGAGAAAAAUUGACUACUGGAUUGAAUAAAGAAACUGCAACUGCCAAGGUGGGAGUGAGUUGGCUUUCAACCAAAUUGAAGGAAAGCACGUCUGAGAGUUCGCACAAUGAAACCACGGAAAGCUUUAACUCGACCCACACCUACACAGUAGAUUGGACUUCAGAGAUAUCCAAGGAGAACUCAGCUUCAUCAUCCAAUUUUGCGAGCACCCAGGCACUACCUGAACUUCCAAGUUCUUCAACAAUGAAGACGUCGGGAGUCACUUCACAGAGGACAGCUGCAUCUUUGUCUGCUGGUGUCUUGUCUCCACAGACUGCCUCUACUCAUUCCUCAGUAACCCCCCAACCGAUUAUACACACGUUUUCACUGCCACUUAAUAUCUCUGCUGUCACCUCUCCUGCCACCACUAUGGUGUUUUUUGAUGAGACUAAGGUGGCCUUGUCUCAACCUUCUACAUUGGCCAGGGAUUUCACUACAUCUGUGUCCUCGGUUGGUUUAACUCUACCAACAGUGACAAUGACCACAGAGUUGGUGCCACCAGUAAAUCCAACAGCUUCCACAAUCAGUGAUACCAUGUUUACCCACAGAGACUUACUUCAUACCACUUCAGAGGUCACAGCAAUCCCUUCCACAACAGCACACAUGGCAGUUUCCUCUCUGAGAGAGACUUUGGUAUCCUCACUGAGACCUCCCACUCCUGGAAUAACUAAGGCUCUAAGUACCAUUCCCUCCAUCUCAGCUGACUUAGUAAGUCCAUCCAUACACACUCUUGUCUGCUCAAGGUCUUCCUCUAAUAACAUUACUACUGUAUCCUCUACUUCUGUUAGUUCAACUACAUCUACGUCAGUAGCAACACCAUCUGAAUCUCAAGUUGAGGCUUCAACUUAUGGUUUUAGCUUUCCCUCUGCAUUUAGUAGUGGUGGAGAUGUUAAUACGGCUUCUGGACCCACAGGAACCUCUGUUGGUGGUGAGGCCAUGGCCCCUAAAACCUUUGCCAAUAAAUUUAUUACCACAGUAGACAGUGAAUCUACCACAUAUUUUGUAAAUACACCAGUCUCCACACAGUCAGUGAUUGCCACCUCUAUAGCAUCUUCUGACAAAGAACAGACCAACAUCUCCAUGGAGAAAACCCCCAGGACUACAGAGGUGGCAGAGAUUUCCCCAUCCAAAAAUUCCUUUAUUUUGGACUCCCAGAGCACUUUCUCUUGGGAAAUGGCAGACACAGAACUUUCUGAGACCACAGAAAUCUCUAGCCACCAAACACAUUUGCCUUCAGAAAUUCUACCUGGUUAUCCAUCUUCUGAUAAUUUAACCACAUCUCUUGCUUCUGGGAGCACACAAUCUUCCCAAAGCUUGACCUCAAGCACCGUAAUAGGUGCUCAUGUUUCAGAAGGGUCGACUCGUCUUGAGAAAACAGUGCUCCCUUCACAAGUUCAGACAGUAACCAAAUCUUUGACUCACAAUAAGGAAAGGACAACUGCCUUUUCAAAAUAUCCUCCCUGGACUGUAGAAAAGAUUGUGAGUUCCUCUCCUGUGACUCAUCAAGCCACAGGUCACCUAGCUACUUCAUUUGUAGAUGCUUCCAGGACAACUAGGAUAUCACAUCCUGUGCUCAUCAACACAACUCUUCCACACCUACUUUCUCUUAAGACGCAACCUGAAGCAACACAGAUAGCUUCUUCCACUUCUGGAAGCACAGAGAAUUUCCCUAAGUCCUUCUCUCCUUUCACAACUGGACUACCGAGCACCAAUUUUACAACGAUCACUCCUGAUGGGAGCACUACAGUCUUUUCUGUUCCAAAUGAACCAACAAACUUUGCUAAGGAGACUUCUAUGGAGUCUUCUAUGAAGGUGUCCACUACUAUUUACCAAAUGGCUUCAUUGCCCCUCAAUGUCACUGCUUUCACCUCUAAAAAAGUUUCUGACACCCAUACAAUGCUACUGACGAAGUCUUCUAGAACAAUACACUCAGGCAAUUUGAAAAGUGUCUCUAUAGGUACCUUUGGGCUUAAGUCUGAGAAGUCCUCAUUGCCAGUUAAUAACUCCGAUUUCUCAACUACAGUGCUUUUUUCUGAUACUUCCACAAGACUUGGGGCACUCUUUACUUCAUUGUCUUCACUGUCCCUUCAGACUACUAAAACAACCCAAGCAUCAACAUUGGAUACCACAGCAGUGGCACAUGCUGGGCCUACUUCACAAAGCACAGUGUUUUCCUCUACCUUUUCAAAUUCCUCAGUGGUAGAGGUACCACACAAUUACACAACUGCACAUGUUUCCUCUCCAACACACAGAGAGAUUUUAUCUAUGAAAACUUUUCCAACCAUUAGUAUGGCUGGGAUGUUGACUUCAGUUACAGGUGCCGCUCCCUCUUCUCUGUCCAGUUCUAAGACUACUGAAGCUAUUUCCUCCAUUCCAAAGACCACGUUUUCAUUGUUACUUUCAACAACCCAACAGCCAUCACAAGAAUAUGAGGCUCCCACUCUGGAUAUAUUCCCUGGGAUCACUGAGAGCAGUGGUGGGGUGACAGAGCUCAUUAAUGCCCAUCCCAGAACCACCGUCCCUGCAAGGGGGCUCUCAUCCACUCCUUCACCUAGCUUUUAUACUUCCUUGAGUACUCAGUUUUCCCCAUCUUUGACUAACUUUAAAGGGAUCCCUAGACCUACAGAAAGUGUAAAACCCACACUUACUCACCUUUCCCUUGAUACUGGAAAGAUGAACAUUUUAACGAGUGAACUGACAAAGAGCAGUCCAUGUGUGACUGUUCCUGUUUUACACCCUUUGUGGACCCAGACAAGUACAGCUCCACCUUCUUUGACAUCACAUCUUUACUCACCUCAUAGUACCAAGGCCAAGUUUCCGCUUGCAUCUCAAAUGGUUGAAUAUCCAGCAUGGGCUACAAGAAUCAUACCUAGUAUCCCUCAGACUCUGCUUACAACAUCCAGAAACACACGCAGAGUUGAAGACUCUCACUUUCCAGUUUUCACAAAGAAGGUGACAACACCCAACAGAAUGGAAGUAGAGACUCUUCACUUUCCUUCCGGGACUUUGUCAACAUCCACAACCUCUCAGAUUGGUCUGGUCUCUAGGGAUGUUACAGCGAUGCCAUCGGUUUUCACAUCAGAAAGCCUUCCUACUUUUGGGAUUUCUGAGAGUACUUCAUUGUCAAUAUCUUCCAGGUAUCCCUCUACCACUUUGGCUACCAUUCUACACACAUUUGAGAAAACAGCCACGCCUGUAACUCCUGGAACCACACUCUCAUCAAAUCCUUCUGUAAUUUCCAGGGCUACCUCCCCCACUUGGAGCUUAUCUAGUUUCCCUUCAGACUCUCGGACAUCUGUAUCUACUCCUUCUCAGCUUUUAACUUCAUCUUCAGGAGAAAUGUCAGAAUCCACUUUUUCAGCUUCUGACAUGAUAGCAACACACUCUAACUUUACAAUGACACUCCUUUCUGAUGGAAGUGCCACCAUACCCACCCAAGCCACUUCUGCAACUACACUGGGCAUCAUCACUGCUGACUCUUUGACUUCUCUGCCCAUAUCUGCAAAAAACAAAGAUGGAAGUCUACACACUUCUACAUUCCUUGAAUCAUCCUCCAGAACUACUGUGGCUGACAGCUCCACGGCUAUGGCUGAACCCAUGUCCUUUAGUAGAAUGAGUAUAUCACCUUCUAUAACAAGCCAUGACCUAUCUAUUGGUUCUCUGACUGUAUCUAGCCUGACAAAUACAUCUCUCUGGAGUAAAGUCCCAGCUACAUCAGAAUCCUACACUUUAUUUCCUUCUAAAUCUACACUGGACUCUGUUAUGAGUAUAGCCACUACGACAUCCACAGCUGUAGGAACCUCAUUUCCCUUGAUGUCUACUGAAAUGGCACCUCCUUCUACAACAACUGGGUUUUCACUAGUCUCUUCAUCUUUUGAGACAACUUGGAUGGACUCCAUAUUUUACUCUCUAUUUACACAACCAUCUACUUCACCAGUUGCCAUAGUGUCUACAGUUUCCUUCUACAACAUGAAAAUGAGCUUCUCUGUCUUUGAUGAAGAGCCAAGGGUCCUCAUUACCACUGUUAUACAUGAACUUACAAAAGAUUGGUUGAACUUUAUGUUUCAAAACAGUGAAUUUUCUCUUGCUAACCUGGCUAUUCAAGUUAAAAGCAGAAAGACUUCCAAAGAAGAGACGGCCAUGUACAGAUAUAUUUUGGAACAGAAAAAAGGGCAAGGAAUGGAUGCAAUUUUUCAUGUACCAUACAGCUGUGCCUGUUGGGUCAUUAUAAAAGCCAAGUCUUCUUUAGAAUCUGUGGAACUGAUCAGCAGGAUCCGAACUAAAAUACACGGGAACCUCACACAUGGGAACUUCACACAAGAUCAAUUGACUCUAUUGGUAAAGUCUGAUCAUGUUGUGGUGGAAAAGCUAGAGCCAGGAAAAUGUGAACCAGAUGAAACACCCUCAAAAUACAAAGGGACAUAUAAGUGGCCAUUAACUGACCCUACUGAGACAGCCCAAGAAAGGUGCAUUAAAAAUAAGAAUAAGAAUGCCACAAGAAUUUGUUCCAUCAGCAUCCAGACUGGCAAGUGUCAAUGGGAAAAACCAAGACUUAAGCAAUGCAAGUUGCUUCAAGGACUCCCUGAUAAGAUUGUGGAUCUUGCUAAUAUUACGAUAAACGAUGAGAAUGUGGAUGAUGUCGCAGAGCAUAUUUUAAAUCUGGUCAAUGAGUCUCCACCUUUGGAUGAAGAAGAGACAAAGAUCAUUGUUUCGAAAGUCGCUGAUAUUUCUAACUGUGAUGAGAUAACUAUCAACCUAACCCAGAUCAUUCUCCAAAUCAUCAGCACUGUGACGGAAAAGCAGAGUGAUUCAGCUUCCAACCUGCCUCCAGUAAGCAAUGAGAUUCUGAGGAUAGUCGAGCGUGCUGGUCACAAGAUGGAAUUUGCAGGGAGAACAGCAAAUCUCACUGUUGCUAAGCUGGCCUUGGCUGUGCUGCGAGUAGACCACAAGUUUGAAGGUAUGGCCUUCAGCAUCCAAUCCUCUGAAGAAGUCACAGCCCCCCAGAUUUUUCUUGGUGAUAUCCCUCUAAGGAGGUCUUUGGCUUCCAUCUAUUUGCCUAAGUCAUUGAGGGAAAAAGUUCCUCUUGAUGCCUCACAAACCAUCUUGUUUAAUUUUUUUGGCCAAACCUCACUCUUUAAGGCCAAAGACAUCACUUCUGAAUUAAUGACAUAUGUUGUGAGUGCAAGCAUCUCAAAUACGUCCAUUCAAAACUUGGCUGAUCCAGUGCUUAUCAUUCUAAAGCAUAUUCAAGGAGACUGGAAUUACGAUCAAGUUUACUGUGCCUUUUGGGACUUUGACACUAACAAUGGGCUAGGUGGAUGGAAUCCAUCAGGCUGUAAACUCAAGGAAAGCAAUAUAAAUUACACGAUCUGUCAGUGUAACCAUCUCACCCACUUUGGAGUCUUAAUGGAUUUAUCCAGGUCUACAGUGGAUGCAGUGAAUGAGCGGAUAUUAGUGAUUAUAACAUAUACAGGAUGUGGGAUCUCCUCCAUUUUCCUGGGGAUUGCCAUGGUGACAUACAUAGCUUUCCACAAACUUCGAAAAGAUUAUCCUUCCAAAAUCCUGAUCAACCUAUGCACAGCGUUACUGAUGCUCAACCUAGCCUUUCUGGUUAAUUCCUGGCUGACAUCAUUUCAGAAAGUGGGACUAUGUAUCACAGCUGCAGUGGCACUUCAUUACUUUCUCCUCGUGUCUCUGACUUGGAUGGGCCUGGAAGCAGUCCACAUGUACUUUGCUUUAGUCAAAGUUUUCAACACAUACAUUCCAAAUUAUCUCCUUAAAUUUUGUCUGGCUGCCUGGGGUAUCCCAGCAGUCACAGUGGCCAUUAUACUCAGUGUAAGAAAAGACCUAUAUGGAACUCUGAGCCCAACAACUCCAUUUUGUUGGAUUAAAGACGAUCACAUCUUUUACAUCUCCGUGGUGGCUUAUUUUUGUCUCAUCUUUCUCAUGAAUCUCUCCAUGUUCUGCACUGUUCUCGUUCAAUUGACUUCCGUGAAAUCCCAAAGCCAGAAGACUCGGAAGAAAAUGAUUCUGCAUGACCUCAAAGGCACAAUCAGUUUGACAUUUCUACUUGGUCUCACCUGGGGCUUUGCCUUUUUUGCCUGGGGACCCGUGAGGAUCUUUUUCAUGUAUCUUUUUGCCAUUUGUAAUACGUUGCAAGGGUUCCUCAUUUUUGUGUUUUACUGUGUGAUGAAAGAAAGCGUGCGGGAGCAGUGGCACAUGCACCUCCAUUGCAGGUGGUUUCGGCUGGAUAACUUUUCAGGGGGGAGAAACACUUUUGGGAUAAAUGUUAGGUAUAAACAGAAGAGAUUGAAGAAAACCAAUGAGCCCAAAUUAUUGACACCAUCGCUCAAGUCAACAACAACUUUCAAAUCUAUAGGAUCUGUACCCAGCAUUCCUUCAGAAAUAAACUUCCCAAAUGGUGACUUUGAUGAUGGUCCAUACACAUUUUCUUCCUUGAGUUGUGAAGCUGCACCUACUUUCAUAAGAAGAGCAUUGCCUGCAGAAAUCAAAACCAAUUCCAUUCAGAAACAAAGAUCAUUUUCCAUAAACGUCAGCAGAGAUGCUCACCUGACUCCCAGCCCUGCACUGGGGGAGAUGUUCAAUUUGUAA